UUACUUUCUCUCUCUCUCUCUCGCUCACUCUCUUUCACGGUUGGCUGAAAACUCUGCAAGAAUAUCCGGCAAAAUGUCUGAACUGCAAAAUGCAAUGGCCUCGCUCAUAGCAGUCUUCCACAAGUACUCUGGGAAGGAAGGGGACCCACUGACCCUGACUAGAGGAGAAGUCAAAGAACUUCUCAAAGCAGAGAUGGGUGACAUAUUUGGGAAAUCCAGUGACAAGGCCCAACUGGACAAAAUAUUCAAUGACUUGGAUGCAAACAGCGACGGCACCGUGGACUUCCAGGAGUACAUAACCCUGGUAGCCUGCAUCACCAUGUUGUGCAAUGAGUUUUUUACCAAGAAGUGAGGAAAGAAGAGGGAGAACGUGUCCCCUAGCUAGACACACCAACAAACACACACACACACACACACACACACACACACACACACACACACAAAUGCUCGCAUGCAUCACACACAUACACACUUCAAUAGGAACACUGAAUUCAACAUUAACUUGCCCCCUUGUCAUGCUGUAAAAUGCAAACAUGUAAGAAAUAAAUAAAAAAAGCUACAA